AAAACCAUAUUCAGGUAAACAAUCCUAUUAUAAUCUCUACAAAAAGUUGUGACGGUAAAAUAAUCCAAAAUUUGUGUGUCAGCAAUUCCAAGACCGAUCACAGAUAUUCCAGUUUAUUUGCGACUCGUGCUUAUGUUAUAUUUUAGGAUCGUUUAUAUUUACGUCAAACUAAUGGAAAUUUUUGCAAUUUCCCAAUUGUUUUCACAAUUCAAUAACGCUCAAUGAUUUACAACAAAACCACCUGAGUGAGUCCCCUAUACAAUAUUGAACCGAUAUUUGUUAUUAUUGGGAAAACCACCCACACAUGCCCAUGAUCACCGCCUAAUCAGCACAACUAAGACGAGUCAUAUAUAAUAGAGACGAACAGCUGAAUUGCAUAUCAGAACGCAACAGAACUUAACAGUGCAACAUUAUACACACCUCAGUAAACUAUAUAAAAACAACAAAGCUUCCGGAAUAAUCAACAUGAAGACAAUCGUACUUUUCGCCGGUCUCAUCUGCGCUUACUGCCUUUUCCAGACGAUCAACGCAGCGCCUGCUGGAGCAAAUGUUGGAGAACCAGAGGAGGCACAAUUGUCUGGCUUGGAGGAGCAACAUCUUUCCGAGUUGAUUCGUCAAAAGCGCGCCACUUGCGAUCUACUGAGCGGUUUCGGCAUCAAGCACAGUGCGUGUGCGGCCCAUUGUUUACUCCGUGGCAAUCGUGGCGGUCACUGCAAUGGACGUGGAGUUUGCGAAUGUCGUAAUUAAGGAUGCAGUACGUCUAGAUAAAGGGGAUACAACUUCUUUAUUUAUGUUUUGAGAUUUCAAUUAUUCAAUCAUUUAUUAAAAGAAUCUGUAUUUAAACUUAAAUGGGUUAUGAUUAAAUAAACAAAAGUAUGAAAGAAAGUA